UAGCUGCCGUAAUCGGCCCAGAUUGAAUGAGGGUAAGGUGGAAUUUAGAAGUUUGACGUGUAUCCAGCUUUUUAACAAAAAUAUAGUUAAAGUGGCAGCAUGGCGCCGAAAAGGAAUAAUAUGAUCCCUAAUGGGCAUUUCCAUAAAGAUUGGCAGCGAUUUGUGAAAACUUGGUUUAAUCAGCCAGCCCGCAAAUACAGGAGGAGACAAACUAGGAUUAAGAAAGCGCGGGCCAUUGCUCCAAGACCAGCAGCAGGCCCUUUGCGCCCUAUUGUGCGAUGCCCAACUGUUCGGUAUCAUAGAAAGCUACGUGCAGGAAGAGGAUUCACUCUUGAUGAGAUUAAGGGUGCAGGCUUGAAUGCAGGCUUUGCACGAUCAAUUGGUAUUUCUGUUGAUCACCGGCGUCGCAACAAGUCAGUGGAGUCUUUGCAGCAGAAUGUACAGCGUCUGAAAGAGUACAGAUCCAAAUUGAUUCUUUUCCCCAUUCAUCCUAACAAGAAACUGAAGAAGGGAGAGGCUAAUGAGGAAGAAAGAAAAGUAGCAACACAACUGAAAACAACAGUGAUGCCUAUAAAACAACCUGGUGUCAAAUCUAGGGCUCGUAAAGUGACAGCAGAGGAGAAGAAAUUUUCAGCUUUUGCCACACUUCGCAAGGCUCGCACUGAUGCCCGAUUGGUUGGAAUUAGAGCAAAGCGACUUAAGGAUGCAGCAGAAAAUCCUGAUGUUGUGACAAAGCCUGGCAAAGAAGGCAAGAAAAAGAAGUAAACUGUGAUUGUAACUUGCUGGAUUUGUUUGAAAGUUAAAGACUUUGUAUUAUAUAAAAUAAAGUUGGAAACUCUCUA